GGUGCGAAAAUACAUAUGUAUGUACAAGUAUAAAGGUUGUCUGAUAAGAGGGCUAUUGAUAUGUGCUUAAGCAAAUGACAACUUGUUGCUAGACGCUGCUCAAUGUUUAGAAAUAUUUCGAUCUAGCCCAAACUCUUUAUAAGAGAACCCAUUCACAAUUAAUUGAUAAAGCUCGUAUCCAUUUAUAUAUGUAUAUGUAUGUACAUACAUAUGGCGAAAAAUGAUGUAAAUCGGUAACCGGUCUAAAUAUUUAUUUAUAUAGGGCUCUUUUUGCUAUUACAACUGCUGGUGCCCUUGCUCAGAGCGCUUCCAUUUCCAUGCGUUGCGACAUAAAGAGAAACUUCUUAGCAGUAGACACUGUCCAAUGAGAGUGCACUAGACACGUUUGCGUUAAGUAGAUACACUUGACUUACAAUGUGCUCGUAUUCCUAUUAGCUUUGUCUUGCACUCGUACUUAAUUUAGCACAUUGUACAUACAUACGUAAGUGCCUAUAACCGAUUAUGCAUUCGCAUACACAAAUAUUCAUACAUAUGACCGUAUAAUUUUCUUUGCUUUCUUCUCAUUAGUUGAUUGCUUAGCAUUGCAUUUCGCACACAUUGUACGAUAUAUGUAAAUACGAGAAUAUAAUAAGGCCCGCUUAAUCGCAGAGCAUAUCACGGCGCGGCUACGUGACGGAGAACGCUUUCGGACACAACUAAAACCGGAGAACCGUUAACGCGUAGUACUUAAGCAUUUGUGCAGGCGUUUCGAAAUGAGUGUGUAUUAUCGGUUCUUAGGAGUAAAGUUCUCAGCGCAGCAAGCCAAACAAUAAGCAAGGCACUAGGAGUGGUAGCAACAAGUUGAGCCUUCAAAGUGUACGUUAAACAACUACAACAAUAUAAAUAACCGAGAAAACAACUCUGCUAAUACUGGAACAUAACAACUAAGUAUGUACUUUUCAUGCACAAAAGCGCUAUGCAACAGAUACAGCAGAUACCCCGCGUCGGCCUCGGAGCUCCCGGCAGUAUGGGCGCCGAAAGUAAACCACACCAAUGUCAACAAUGCAUGAAGAGUUUCUCUAGCAAUCAUCAAUUGGUACAGCACAUCCGCGUCCACACCGGCGAAAAACCGUACAAAUGCUCAUAUUGUGAUCGUAGAUUUAAGCAGCUUUCUCACGUGCAGCAACACACGCGAUUACACACUGGUGAACGUCCAUACAAAUGUCACUUGCCGGAUUGCGGACGCGCUUUUAUUCAAUUAUCAAACUUACAGCAACAUUUACGAAAUCAUGACGCACAAGUGGAACGUGCAAAAAAUCGUCCUUUUCACUGCAAUAUCUGCGGCAAAGGUUUUGCCACUGAAUCCAGUUUACGUACGCACACAUCGAAGGAGCUACAGCUGCAUCUUGGUGUCUUGCAGCAGCAUGCGGCAUUGAUUGGCGGCCCCAACGCUACUUCCUGCCAUGUAUGCCACAAACUAUUCUUGGGAGCCGAUGCUUUAAUGGAGCAUAUGAAGCAUGCGCACAAGGAGAAGCCGGUACCAAGUGUUGGCAGUCCUUAUAUUGAUAACUCCGUAUCGGGUUGUAUGCAAUCAUCGUCCUGCGACCCGUAUUUGGCUAAGCGACGCACUGCCAAUCAUCCAUGUCCAGUCUGCGGCAAGCAUUAUGUAAACGAGGGUUCACUGCGUAAGCACUUGGCCUGUCAUCCGGAGACAACACAGCUAACAAAUAGUUUGCGCAUGUGGCCGUGUUCAGUAUGCCAAGCUGUAUUCACCCAUGAAAAUGGUCUUCUCACACACAUGGAACACAUGCGUAUGGAUCCAAAGCACCAAUUUGCUGCACAGUAUGUUUUAUCACGGGCAGCGGCAGAGAGAAGGGAGCGUGAUUCAAUAUUAGCUGCAACGCUAGCUGCUUCGGCUGGUGGAGGGUCCAGCGGAGGUGGCAAUGGAGGCAAUGGCUUACUGCCUUUGAUAGGCGAUGGCGGCGGCUCGAAUUCCCUAUGUCCUUCGCCUUCAGCAAACUCGGAAUGCUCUUCGACAGGCCGCCUUUCAUCAUCUGCCGCUUCUGAGCAGGGAAGUGGUAUUCACUUACUAUCCAGCAAUAAUAAUAACAACAAUAAUUGCAAUAGCAAUAAAUUGAAUGAGCUAUUGAGCCGUACAGGUAGUAACCCUCAUUUAAGCAAUCAAUAUGGGGUCGGUGUGGACCCGGAAAUACACGUGGCGAAUCGCAUGUCACUGAUGGCCGCUGCAUCAGCAGCUGCGGCAGCUGUGGCAGCUUCAGCUAGUGGCGCAGGAGUAAGUGGUGGCGGGAAUGUGGCCGCUGUAUCUGGUGUGAGCAUGGCAUCUCCCGUUGGCUGUGUCGAAUCUACCAGAUCAAGUGUGCAAGCAGCUGUUGUGAAUUUGGCGGCAGCGAUGCGCAUUAAUCAAGUCAGCCAACAACAAAGCGGGGGCAAUAUUGUCGUAGGCUGUAGCAACAAUAGUGCAUCAACCAGCGUGGGUAAUGUAGCCAGUAAUACGUCCAGUCAACAGCAAAUGCACACACAGCAUCACCAACCACAGCAACAUCAGCAGCCGCAGCAGCAACAACAACUGCAACAAGGAACCUCGGGAGACAACAAUCAAAAAUCGAUAUCAGCGCCAUUGACCCCUAGUGGGUUGCGUAUGAACGCUAACUCUCCGAGCACGAUAAUGCCCAACAUACAACCAGAUUCAUCUGCAGUUAACGCAGUGGUGACUAUGAAUGCUAUGCGCGACUCGAUGAUGCGCAAUACCAUUGGUGUCGUGGAUCCGUUAAGUGGAAUGCAUCAGCAACAUGAUCAACAUGUUCACACGCAUCUGCAACACCAUACGACGAACAAUUUGCAAUCAGGACACAGCUCUUACAGCCAGCACAGCAUGUCCGGUAGCAGCCAUCAAAGCCAACACCAAGUGGCGUCAACACUACAGAAUCCCACAAUGCAUCAUCACCAUCACCAUCAUUUGAACCAGAUGCAACAGCCGCACUCACCAGAAACUGCAUUACGUAUGCAACAACAUGCGGAGGCUAUACUUCGCUCCCACACGGAAGUGGCUUUUCGCUUAGCAGCAACAGUAGCGGCAUCCAACAGCGUCAUAGGGGGCAGUAGUAACAGCCAUGUAGCUGUAACAAGUGCGAAUGACAGUAAUAAUGACAAUAAUGGUGUGUCACAAAACAACAACGCAAUACAGGUUAAAGCCGAAUCGCAUCAAACGCAACAGCAACAACUAAGUGAAGGUGAUGUUGCGUUACAACAACAGCAGCAGAAUCAUCACCAACAUUUAUUGUCUCACCAACAAACACAAAAGCAAAACACCAGUGGCAGCUUACAACAGCAAUCUACAACCAUAGGGUCACAGCAGCAGUCACAACUAACUUCUGAUCUUAGCGAAGCGAUACGUAUGCAGGAGCAUCGGCUGGAGCAAGCGCUGCGGUUGCAUAACGAUGCACGCGCGCUCAAUUUCCUCACAGCAGCACAACAAACCGCCAAUAAUGCAGUCACAGCUGCUGUCAAUAAUGUAUCUCUACAGCACCAGCAACAACCGCAAACAUCUACAACCCAGCAUCACAGCAGUGCGUGAGAACCACUCAUUAGCGAUAACUUAAAGGUCACCUUAGAUGUAAUUACACAGAGCGAAACAUAUUGAAUAAGUGAAUACAGCAACAACAGCGGCAAACACCCGAUGUCAAAGGAUAAGGGAGCAAAACUAACUGGUUUUAAGGAAUAUGUACCAAAGACAUACAAGUAUAUUAGCGGAAUCAUCGAUGAUUUCCAAAAUCCAAACAUAAAAGACUUUAGGACUCUAACGUCGUUCGAGUGAAUGCCAUUUUAUGGACUUACUCCCACAUAUAAAUAUAUGUAAAUGUCCUGAGCGAUUAUUAUAACCACAUAAUUAUGUAGAAAAAUGAAACAAUUUUAAAGUAGUAAUUAUAUUCCAUACAAGCAAUUCAUACUGUCAUGAACAUAACUGGGCCAGGUAAAAUUGAAGAGCUCACAAUUAGGAAAGUAUAAAUUAUUGAAAAUACGUUCUUUGCGAAAUAAAAGUACAAGGUCAACUGAUUA